AUGACGAAGAUAUCUGAUCUUCCACGAGAUUUGGUAGCGACGAUACUAUCCAAGGUUCCAUUAACAUGUAUGAGAAGAGUGAGAUUUACAUGCAAAAGGUGGAACACUAUAUCCAAAGAUCCAAGCUUUGCAAAGAUGCUCAUUGAUAAAGCUGCUCCAAGGCAGUUAAUAAUGAAUUCUGAAACUAGGGUUUCGUUAAUGAGCGUAAAAUUUACAGGAGAGGAAGACGAGUUCUUGAAGGGAAUAGGUAAGCUUACUAGCUUAAACAGUUCAGAUCAAGUGGAGAUAUCACAAGUUUUUCACUGCAAUGGCUUACUCUUAUGCGUGACUAAAGACAAGACUAGGCUUGUGGUAUGGAACCCGUAUUUGGGACAAACUAGGUGGAUCGAGCCGAGGAAUGCUUUCCACAAACUUGACUUGUACGCUCUUGGAUAUGAUGGGAAAAGCUUUGAAAACCAAAAAAUCUUGAGGUUUAUAGAUGAUAUCCAAAGUGGUGUUAUAGAGUACGAGAUUUUUGAUUUGAAGUCUAGUUCUUGGAAGGUUCUUGAUGUCACUCCUGACUGGGAGAUGAAUUCUUAUCAACGUGGCGUGACAUUAAAGGGUAAUACUUACUUUUUUGCUACAGAUAAGAUUGAAGAUUUUGGAUUGGUAUUGGCUGAAGAGAUCAAAGAUUUCUUGAUAUGUUUUGAUUUUACAAACGAGAGAUUUGGACCGCGUCUGCCUCUGCCGUUUCACUCUUACAGUGGAGAAACCGUGGCUCUAUCUAGUGUUAGAGAAGAGCAGCUUGCUGUGUUAUAUCAGGGGGAUACAUGUAUGAUGGAGAUAUGGGUUACUAAUAAGAUUGAGCCUGAUGCUGUGUCAUGGAACAAGGUGUUGUUCUUACAAGUGGAUAUGGUACCACACACUGGUCAGGAUUAUGUGUUUGCUGUGGACGCUGGGAGUUUCUUCAUUGACGAGGAGAAAAAAAUGGCUGUAGUGUUCGAUAAGGACCAAAAGGAGAUCAACGACAUAGCUUACUUCAUUGGUGAGAAAGGAUAUUACAAAGAAGUGGAUCUUGGAUACAUAAAUGGAGAGAAUAAUAGACAAAACCAACAAGUCUUAGAUCUUACAAGACGUAAACCUCUCGUGUGCUCGUAUUCUCCUAGUUCGGUGAAGAUCCAGCAAGGUGCACGAGGCAAAAGGAAAGAACGAGAUUAUUAG